AAGCUUCAAAUCUAUAUCAAAAGCAGCUCUUUCCCCCACUGAUUCCCCGGCACGACGAUCGUGCCUAGCUGCCAUUGAUGUUAUUACGACCUACUUUCCAUCGAGCCUCAACACCGCUGAGCCGGCUCUCGCGGUCUUCUUUUGCGGCAAUGCCUUUACGCGCGAAGGUGACCAACCCAGCUUUUGCAUCAAAGAUGUCCCUCAGCACGAAAUCUUCCGAGAACCCUGCUGUCGAUUCUGACGAUGUUCUUUUUUACUCUACCUACGGAUUGCGAUUGAUCGAACUCAACCGACCCAAGAAAUUGAAUUCUCUGAAUGGAUCGAUGUGUCAACAGAUAAUUCCUCGACUGCUGGAAUGGGAAAAAUCACAGCUAGCCAACAUAAUCAUGGUCUCCGGUCGUGGAGAAAAGGCUCUCUGCGCAGGUGGAGACGUCGCAGCUCUCGCAAUAAACAACAAGGAAGGACCCGAAGGCGUGAAACGAUCACAGGACUACUUCGCUCUCGAAUACCAACUCGAUCACUUAAUCGCAACCUAUAGCAAGCCCUUCGUGGCCGUCAUGGAUGGUAUUACAAUGGGAGGCGGAGUUGGAUUGAGUGUUCAUGCACCAUUCCGUAUCGCGACUGAACGUACUCUUUUCGCCAUGCCGGAGACGACUAUUGGAUUUUUCCCUGAUGUUGGCGGCUCGUUCUUCCUCUCCCGUCUUGACGGUGAAGUCGGCACUUAUUUGGCUCUUACUUCGGAGCGUUUGAAUGGUGUUCAGGCCUUUUACACUGGUAUUGCGACACACUACGUCGACUCGAGUGUUUUGAGCAACUUGACGAACCGAUUGGCAGAGUUGGUGUUUAAGGAUUAUGCCAACCUCAACGAACGCAAUGACCUUGUCAACAAGACCAUUGCCGAGUUCUCGACUGGUCUACCAUCAGUGGAAAAGGAGCCUAUUCUUCUCCGAUAUAAACUCCGUCAGGCUAUUGACCGGUGCUUCAAGUACAACACAGUCGAGGAGAUUAUCCAAGCCCUCGAAAAGGAAGAAGACCAGAAGGAAUGGGCCCGAAAGACUCUCGAGACACUUACAAGCCGCUCACCAACCUCACUCAAAGUCACACUUCGUCAACUCCGUCUCGGCAAGAACUGGAGUAUCAAGGAGACAUUCCAGCGCGAACAUGCCAUCGCCAGUGUAUUCAUGAAUCACCCGGAUUUCGUCGAGGGAGUCUCAGCCCGUCUAAUCUCCAAACCUCCCCGAACCCCCGAGUGGAAUCCAAGUCGUCUUGAGGAUGUUACGCCUGCGGAUGUCGAUGCUUUCUUCAAGAUUGACGGUGAACCUCUGCCCACAUUCCACGAUAACGAUUAUAAGACGUACCCUCAUGCCAAGUAUGCGCUGCCCACGGAAGCAGAUAUCGAGGCAUUUGUACGUGGCAACAAGACCACAGGCUCAGAUACCGUGAAGGAAUUUGUCCAGAAUUGGGGUCAGAAAGAAGGUGUCAGAGCCAAGGUAACUGAGGUACUUGGUCGACGGACCAAGAAGACGGACAAGGGGUUAGAGUGGAUUGAGACGGAUAAGGAGUAAAAUCAUCAUCUUGUAUUUCUUAUAUUGUGUUAAUAUUACAUUGGACAUUAAUUAAUCGGUAUUUUUUGCCGCCAUUGUACGGCGGAAGGGCCGAACC